CCGGGCGGAAGUUGAUUCGUUGCUGCGAAGCCUGGGCAAGAAUUAAAUUUGUGCUGUGCUUCCGGGUUCCCAAGCCAGCGGUAGCAGCAGCCAGUCAAUGCCAUCGAUAUAGUCAGAAAAUCGAAGACGAUCCGAGUUGGAAAUCAUCUGAUGGGCUCCUACCCCCGCACUUUACUGGAUCUCUAGAAGCAUCAGUUUCUUUAAUCGCGUGCUUCAGUAGCUGGUGAGAGUCCCGGUGAUGAGCCCCUUUCAGAUGUUCGCAGUGUGACCGCAGGAACGCAGCCAAAGACCCAGAGAGAGCAUCUGGAGGCUUCAAACAAACAGCCCGAGUUCUCAGCUUGGCCGAAACUCUUUAAGAAUAGAGGAACAGGAGGUAGCUCCUCCUCAGUGAUCCCCAAAUUUGGCUGUUAAGCAGAGACAUUGAGGAGCCUUUAAAGACCCAAGUUCCCGCCGGAGCCAGCGGGCGUCCAGCAGCAUGUUCGGCUCGAGCCGAGGCGGCGUGCGUGGGGGGCAGGACCAGUUCAGCUGGGAGGACGUGAAGACCGACAAGCAGAGGGAGAACUACUUGGGCAACUCGCUGAUGGCCCCGGUGGGCCGCUGGCAGAAGGGGCGCGACCUCACCUGGUACGCCAAGGGCCGGGCGGAGGGCGCGGGCCUGAGCCGCGAGCAGGAGCUGGCGGCCGUGAAGCAGGCGGAGCAGGAGGCGCUCAUGGCCGCGCUGGGCUACAAGAACGUCAGGAAGCAGCCCACCGGCCUGAGCAAGGAGGACUUCGUGGAGAUCUGCAAGCGCGAAGGAGGUGACCCCGAGGAGAAGGGAGUGGACCGGCUCCUGGGCCUGGGGAGCUCCAGCGGCUCCGCGGGCCGAGUGGCCCUGUCCCGGGAAGACAAGGAGGCGGCCAAGCUGGGGCUGCCGGUGUUCACGCACCACGGCGCGCAGGGCAGUCGGGCCGCCUCCUCCCCCGCGCGGAAGAAGCCGAGGCCGGAGGAGAAGGCGGAGCAGGGCCCCCCGGGGCACAAGAAGAGCAAGAAAGAGAAGAAGAAGAAGAAGAAGCACAAGAAAGAGAAGAAGAGAGAGAAGGAGCACCGGGCCGGGGCAGCCUCGCAGUCCCCGGCUCUGGCCAGGGCCCGCCACCGCAGGCGCGACUCGGGCUCGCCCCGGAGGAGGAGGGGGCGGGACAGUGACUGAGGCCCCGCCCACCAGGACCCGGCCCUCCCGGGAGCCGGCGCAGUGAAGGCUUUGAGCAUGUGCCCUGCCAGGCCCGGGGAACUGGAGGGCAGGUUUGUGGGGCCGUGUCGGGCCCCUGUAAGCAGACGGGGGGCCAGGUGAGGCGUCAGCCCCAGAUGGCCGCAGGCCUACGGGGGGAGGGAGGUCCACCUGCCUCAGGCUCCAAGCACCGCUCCUUUUUUCUUUGUGUUGACUCACCCUUUGUACUUAAACUUAUUUUAAGCUGAAAAUAAAAAAUACAAGUUCCUGGGCAA